CUCAAAUUUUUGUCGUUAAAUGCUAUCGAUUUACUUCGUCGCGACUUGAUGCGUGGGUGUCAAGAUCUUAAAGGAUUUUAUUUCGCUGAUGGAGGCUGCAUUAACGAUGAAACAUCAAUAGUGAAAAAAACUCUUUGCCUUGAAAAGCAAUUUCAUCUCCUACCAUGCAACUACACAAUAGCAUACUGGAGAGAUGUUUCAGUAGUAAAAGUUUGUUUGAAUCCGUCUGACCAGUGCGCGCAUCACUCCUUUAGAAUUUUGGGGAGGGAAGAGAAAACUCAAUAUUUCCGGCGCCACAGACCUUUAAAAAGGAAUUGGUGGGAUGGAUGGACGUUUUCUAAAUAAAGCUGCUGGAGACAGCGAAGAUAUUGAUUAUCAAAAUAAAAGAAACACCAUGACAUUAAAUGUAAAUGGAUUGUGGGACGUGGUUCCCCGAUUGGAUCAUUACAGACUGAGUAGGAGAGCUAAAAGGCCAUCCUUAGGCGAACUGCAUGAAGGAAACCCAAUAAAGAAUGCAAACAUCGAAGCUGGUCAGACAGGGGUUGUUCCGGUUGCCUACGACGGCAUAAAAUUAGGAUGGAUUCAAGGAGUACUGAUACCAUGUCUCCUAAACAUCUGGGGUGUUAUGCUAUUUUUGCGAUUAUCCUGGGUUGUUGCGCACGCGGGAAUCUAUCAAAGUAUCAUCAUUAUCGCGAUAUCAGCUGUAGUUUGCGUCAUCACGACUCUAAGCUUGAGUGCAAUUAGCACUAAUGGAGAAGUAAAGGGAGGUGGUAUUUACUUCAUAAUUUCAAGAUCCUUGGGGCCCGAAUUUGGGGCAUCGGUGGGCAUAGUGUUCGCUUUUGCAAAUGCAGUCGCAGCCUCCAUGAACACGAUAGGAUUUUGUGAUUCCAUGAACCAAUUACUAAAGGAAAAUGGCGUCAAAAUUUUUGACAAUGGUGUCAAUGACGUCAGGCUGAUUGGAACCGUUGCAAUUCUAGUGAUGAUCUUAAUCUGUGCAAUUGGCAUGGAGUGGGAAUCGAAGGCGCAGAAUUUUCUCAUUGCUAUCAUCGUUGGUGCAAUUUUGGACUUUCUCAUUGGGUCUAUGAUUGGCCCUUCUACUCUGGAACAACAGGCUCACGGGUUCGUUGGAUUCUCGAGUGAGACUUUCAAGAAUAAUUGGGGCCCGGAUUAUCGAUUUUCUGAGAACGUCAAUCAGACUUUUUUCUCAAUAUUUGCAAUAUUUUUUCCAUCGGUCACUGGUAUACAAGCAGGUGCUAAUAUUUCCGGAGAUUUGAAAGAUCCAGCGAGCAGCAUCCCUGUUGGUACUCUUCUGGCUCUUUUGAUUUCAAUGAUUAGUUACGUAACGUUUGUACUUUUCGCUGGAGGCGCAGCAGCCAGAGUUGCAAGUGGCCAAGUUGUAAACAAUACUAUCGUUCAAUGCGUCGCAGGUGUCAACUGCACACAUUAUGGUCUAUACUACGAUUAUUCGAUAAUGCAACUCAUGUCCGGCUGGGGACCGUUCAUUUAUGCCGGAUGUUUCGCAGCAACCCUCUCUACAGCCUUAACGAAUUUAUUAUCCGUCCCUCGUCUUAUACAGGCUCUGGGUAAAGAUCGAAUUUACCCUGGAUUAAUCUUCUUUAGCAAGGGUUACGGGAAGUCCGGAGAACCCUACAGAGGAUACGUUCUUACAUUUAUUGUAGCCGUUCUUUUUCUCCUAAUAGCCGACUUGAACUUGGUGGCUCCACUUAUUUCAAAUUUCUACCUCGCGUCUUACGCCCUCAUCAACUUCUGUACAUUCCAUGCAGCCCUCGUUCGUCCACUGGGCUGGCGCCCUACAUUUAGGUAUUACAACACUUGGCUCUCAUUACUGGGAUUCAUCCUGUGUGUAGCAAUUAUGUUUCUCAUUGACUGGGCAACAUCCCUGGUUACAUUUGUGAUUAUUUUCGCGCUUUAUCUUAUCGUCGUUUACCGAAAGCCUGAUGUCAAUUGGGGUAGCAGUACACAAGCACAAACUUACAAAACUGCACUCUCAACUGUAUACAAGCUGAAUUCGAUGGACGAACACGUGAAAAAUUAUGCACCCCAAAUUCUGGCUUUGACAGGGUCACCUAACACAAGGCCAGCUUUGCUCCAUCUAGCAAAUCUCAUCACGAAAAAUAAUUCCUUACUUCUCUGUGGAGAAGUUUAUCCGUCACGCCUCUCUUAUCGUAUGCGUUCGAAUCAUUUAAGAAAGGGAUACGCAUGGCUAAACAGGCAUCGAAUUAAAGGUUUUUAUCAAAUUGUGGAAGAAAUGAGUUUGGAAAUGGGAGCAUCUGCUUUAAUGCAAGCAAGUGGAGUUGGAAAAUUGGUUCCAAAUGUGGUUCUAAUGGGUUACAAAACCCACUGGGCAACUUGUAAUAAUAAAGAACUUCAAGAGUACUUCAACGUUCUUCACAACGCCUUCGACCACAAACUUGCGGUAGCUAUAUUAAGGAUAUCUGAAGGUCUAGACUGUGCUGGAAAUGCAAAUGGUGUGGUGGAGGAUGAUCAUGGUACUUUGGCGCAGAGCACAUACGAUCUUGCUGGAAAUACUCUCAUGCACGCAGAUAGUGAUUUGAGUAUGACUACUGGAAUUCCACGCGUCCAGAGUGUACCCACGAUAGGCACCGCCUAUCCGUGUAUUGAAAUUCCACCAGUGAUGAGAGAUUCGCCAACAAAUUGGAGCGCACAUGAACAAUUAAAACACAAAAAGAAGCACGCCACCGAAAAAUUAAUGUUACGUAAUGGAAUGACUGUCGUGCCUGAAUACAUGACAGUUUUCCAGAAAAAGUAUAAGAGUGGCACAAUUGACGUUUGGUGGCUUUAUGACGAUGGAGGUUUGACAAUACUUUUGCCCUACAUCAUCAGCACGAGGUCAAAUUGGGAACAUUGCAAAAUGAGAAUUUUCGCGCUCGCCAAUCACAAGCAGGAAAUUGGUGCUCAGGAAAAAGAAAUGGCCGAAAUCAUGGCUAAAUUCCGAAUCAAAUACACAAGCCUAAAAAUGGUUGAUGACAUUAGUAUUCAACCUCAAAAAUCUACACAAGACUUUUUCAACAAACUUAUAUCUGACUUUAAGAAAGACAUUAGUCCUGAUUCAACUGAUAUUAUCGUCACCGACGAAGAACUUCAAAUGUUAAGAGACAAAACCCAUCGGCAGUUGAGACUGCGAGAACUACUUUUGGAAAAUUCUAGCCAAUCGAAAUUAGUUGUUAUGUCACUGCCAAUGCCAAGGAAAGGUGCAGUAUCUGCUUCAUUGUAUAUGGCAUGGUUAGAAGCCCUCACGAGAGAUAUGCCACCUACGUUAUUGAUAAGAGGGAAUCACACUUCAGUAUUGACCUUCUAUUCUUAGUAAUCAAGAAAAUUGCACUUUGUUAUGCAACAAAAGACUAACUCAGAGAAAGGCGAUAAAAUCUACCUUCGUCUACAAAUGCAAUAUAUACGUGUCUUUCAAUUUGCCAAACUGUUUUAAAGCUACAAUUAAAUUUUUAAAUCACAUAAUUUUAUAUUUUGUCAAAUAAUACAACAGAGUCUAUGAAGAACAUAGUCUAGAAACCAUUAGCGCUAUGCAGGUGUUUAAGCUAUAAUAGUACAUUUUUUACGAAUAGUUAGAACCCUGUUGAUGUCGAAAUUUUAUUAAUUUGAGUGGAAAAGUUUCAUUUGAAUGAAAAGUUAAAAAUUUUUUACGAACUAUCUAUAAUGUACAAUUUUUGAAAUAAACACAGCCGCCUGUUGUACGCAACAACAUCCAGUUCAGAUUGAAUUUUAAUGUAUAUUUGGAGAAACAGUAUUCAGGAAAGAAAUUCCACUCUGAAGUAAAUCGCGUUGUUGAUUGAGCUGAAAUCUAUUUUGAAACAUUCCAUUACUGGAAGACAAUUCAAUCAAAUUCUUGAUUUUGCAGGAAUUAGACCUAAUUUUAUUCAUCGACAUGGAGAGAAGCUUCGACAAACGAUGCCUAAAAAUUAAAUAUUGUAGAGAUUUUAGAUUUUAGUGUAGAUAUUUGAAAGCUGUUGCUGGAAAUAAUUUGAGGGAUUCGUUUGUUUUGGCUCUUCGAAACAUAUUAGAUGUAAUGACAUGUAUUUAUUUACCUGACUAACUUUAAGACUUUAAGAUAAUAGGCUUUUAAUCUACUUGAUAAACAAUUUUGCAAAUGAUUUAGUGAAACAUCAUAUAUGCUUACACUGACGAUGUACACAAAUUUCGUUUAAUAUGUAUUUUAACUGCAAACGCAAAUAUGAUGUAUUCGACUGAUGUAAGAA